UGAUCGAAACAAAUCGAACCCAAUCACCCGCUGUGUUCGAUCUUGCUCUACCUGGCCCUAUGAAGGCCGCCAUUGUUGUCCUAUUGACUGGGGAUUAAGCGAACUACCAGCAGACGACUUGUGUUUGUGUAGGGAUUAGCUCAAGCCCACAGCUACAAAUCCUGGGUCAGUUGGGUCCUAGGUCACAUACACUUAUGGUACACAAUCAAACUACACGUCAUGUGCUACAGGUCACGCUUGAUCUACAGGUAAAGAUAUCUGUCUGACUACCGAAAGUCGACGAAAUCUACUUGACCACCGAAAGCUGAACCAUCCUAAAAACGAGAUCUGAAGCAUUCCGUGACGUCAUGUUACCUAGAUAAGCCGAGCGACCAGGUGAAACAAUUCCAGACUUUCUGAUUAAUGAGAACAUGGAACCGUCUGCUGGACUUCUGACAUCUGAUAGGGGUGGAACAUCGAACAUUGCUACAGGAACAUCGACCGUUGCUACAGGAACAUCGACCGUUGCUACAGGAACAUCGACCGUUGCUACAGGAACAUCGACCGUUGCUACAGAAGAAUCAACCGUUGAUAGAAAAGAUUGUAACGAUAAAAAUCUUGAAGAAGAUGAGGACAAGAAGUCCCCCGAGCAGCCUGAAUGGUUAACCUCUACUCACGUGACCAGCCAGUUGGAGGAGAGUGACGACGGCGGCGACACGGAGGAUGACGAUGACGUCACAGAAGAAGAAACAGAGAUGUCACGUGAAGAGAAACGGGAGAUGUAUCAGGCGGUCAGAUGUGGGGACAUUGAUCUGCUAGAGGACUGCCUGGACAGGCCAAACUCUGACCUCAACAUGACCUGGUUCCAAGAAAAUCUUUUGAUGGCAGCCAUACGUCACCAUCAAAGAGAAAUGGCCGAGUUUUUGCUGGACAAUGGAAUCAACCAUGACUACACAACAACUAUUGUGAACCUUCGAGAAACGUCGGCGGGAAAAGUGCUGGACCAAUACGAGCUGACCAGUCGCCAGAUGGCGUACGACCGCGGCAUGGCGGAAGUCGUCGAGCUGAUUGACCGUCUGCAGGGUCACGUGUUCCCCUUCGUCCGGCCCUCGCCCCGCACACCUCGCUACCGGCGACCUCGACCUCCCACGCCGUCGCUCAGUGAGACCAGCAGUCAAGGUGCAGACGUGAGCAGCGGGUCAGACGACAGUCUAGCAGGCGGCAGUGUAGCAGGCGGCAGACGUAAGUUGAGAAGAAAGAAAAAACAGAGUCUAGACAUGGCCAAACCAUUUGAUACACAGAAUCUAGACAUCGCCAAACCAUUUGAUACACAGAAUCUAGACAUGGCCAAACCAUUUGAUACACAUAGUAUAGACAUGGCUAGACGAACUAUUAGAAGUAAUUCCUCUACACGGCGGACUUUGGAUGUAAAGGCAAUGGAAGAAAAGACAAUGCCGGCAGGCCAAGCCAAAUCUCCGCAGAGAAAAAAUUGUUCAGUUUUUCUUGCUCCACAAAACAACCUGUUGGCGCGUAAGAAGUGCACCUCCGUCCUACAACCACGGCCACACACAGCCCAUACGUCCGUCCUACAACCACAGACAGCCCACACGUCCGUCCUACAACCACGGCCACAGACAGCCCAUACGUCCGUCCUACAACCACAGACAGCCCAUACGUCCGUCCUACAACCACGGCCACAGACAGCCCAUACGUCCGUCCUACAACCACAGACAGCCCAUACGUCCGUCCUACAACCACAGACAGCCCAUACGUCCGUCGUACAACAACGGUCUGAGACAGCCAAGCUAUGGACACAGAACUGGCACCUCAAACGGCAGACACAGACCGUGGGAUGCAGGAAAGUGACCGCGCCCGGCAGCUACAGGCGCGAGUGUGCCUUCUGGCAUCGCUCACCUGCCCAGUCGGCAUUCAACACGCCACGGGUGCGUUCCCCAGAUGACGUCAAUGACCAAUCAUCCCGCCCAUCGAGGAACGUCACGGACCAACAUGCCCGCCCCAAAUAUGACGUCACAAGCCAGGCUGCCCCACUGCCUAUACGAGGUAUUCUAAAAAGCCCAACACAGCCCAGACUUGCAGCAGAUGUCCCCGCACGGUCCAACAAAAAGAGCACACUUUACCACAGCUACCUCACAACCACCAAGCGAAAACUGGAUCCGACAUUUUCAAGCUUCUACAGAGCUUUAGAUUUCCAUGGCAACAAGGCGAUCAAACACGUGACCAUGUCGCACUCGUCAUUCUACGGUCCAUAACACCGGAUCGAUGGCAACAACAAGCCACGCACACGAUCCAUGGUGACAAGGGCUGGCUAUGGGACCACCAGGGCAACUAACAGGGGCAAUAGCUUAACGGUAGAAGAUACACACUUUUCGAUUAAAGUGAAAUUUUGCCCUAAAAGUUUUUAUUUCUAAAUUCGGUGCAAAAACUUUUUAGCUAUCUAACCCGACCGUUUCAGACUUCUAUAGCCUACGGUUAUCCUUUUAUUGGGAUGUGAAACAUGGUACACUGUCAAAUUUUCGGUGAACGGAAAAAAAAAGUCAGAUUUCGCUAGGAAAAAAGUCACAGAAAAAGUUACAAACGAAAAAUUAACAGAAAUUAAGUAACAGAAGAAAGUCACAAUUGUGUAAUAAGAAAUAUUUUUAUUAGCUUGAUGAAAAUUGUAAAAUUUUGGGUGUUUACAAAUAUGGGUGGUGAUUUUUAGAAACAUAUUUAUAAACUGUAAAUACGUUAUGGUUUUUAAUAAUAAUCCAAUUUUCAUCUUCACAAUAAAUAAAAGUACUUUAAAGUAAUUUACACAGCAGCCUCAAUUUUUGUUACAUGUUUAUUUGAAAACGUCGAAGGAAAAUUAAUUAUAAAAAUACUACUAUAAGCAUAUUGUAGUUUUUUGUGUUUGUUUGGUUUUG